AUGGGGAAGUACGAGGAUGUGAAGUUACUUGGCGAUUGGCCGAGCCCCUUCUCGAUGAAGCCGAGGAUCGCCCUCAACCUGAAAAAGGUGGACUACGAGCUCAUCGUGGAGAAGAUGAACCCCAAGAGCGAGCUUCUGCUCAAAUCUAACCCCGUCCACAAGAAGAUCCCCGUCCUGUUGCACAGAGGAAAACCAGUCUGCGAGUCCCUCAUCAUUGUGCAGUACAUCGACGAGACAUGGACUUCCGCCCCCCCAUCCUCCCCGCCGACCCUUACGACCGGGCCAUCGCUCGCUUCUGGGCGGCCUACAUCGACGACAAGGUAACUUGGGGUCACCAUUGGCUCGAACUGCCAUCGAUCCCUCCCUCAUCCGCGAUGUGAUGUGCUCCUUCUGUCUCGAUUCUGACUUCGAUUGUCGACGCCUUCAGUGGGCCAUGCAGAUGAGGGAUAUUAACAAGGCGAAUACAGACGAGGAGCGGGCAGCCGCGGCGGAGCUGAUCUUCGCCGGGGUCCAGCUGCUGGAGGAGGCCUUCCAGACUUGUGGCAAGGGGGGGAACUGGUUCGGCGGCGACAACGUGGGGUACGUGGACAUCACCCUAGGGAGCUACUUGGCGUGGAUUCGGGUCACCGAGAAGAUGUCCGGCUUGAAGAUCCUGGAUGGUGACAAGUUCCCUCAGCUGGCCGCUUGGGCUGAUCGGUUCUGCGCCGAGGAGGCUGUGAAGGGAGUGAUGCCGGAGACGGACAAGCUGGCGGAGUUCGCCAAGACGUUGAUGAUGAAGCUGAAGGCCGCCUCACCCGCCAAGUAG